CAUUGGAAUUCUGUGUGUUCGUACGGGAAAGCAAUUUACACAAUUGUUCACUGUGUACCACACCAUGGACGAGGAAAACAAUUCAGUCGAGCUAUCGCUUCGCUCAACCUUCUGCCGCAUCUGUGUCACGCCCUGGAAGAUGAACCACUGCAUGCAGGAACCAUGCGAUCCGGGCGAAUCUUUAAGCUUGCACUGCAUGCUGGAAAUCCUCUUUCCGACCAUCUUCAACGAUCAUACCACAAACUGGCCGGCCAAAAUCUGCCAGGACUGUGGCGAGAAAGUGUUACAGGCGUACGCUUUGUACGUGCAAUGUGGGCAAAGUGCAGAGCAGCUGGAAAGGUUGUGCAACGAGCAGGAGGAUGCGACGAUGUGCGAUGAAGUAAUGAUUACGGUCAAGGGGGAUUACACGCCCGAUGUGUUGGUGGAGGAGGCAGUUGUUAUAUCUGAGCUGGAGCCGGGAAUUGUGGAUACUGUGACGAACUGCAACCCACUGGAGGAUAAUUCCGACGAGUCGCUCGAAGAAGGUCAAGUGCUGCAUCGCCCAGAAAUCGUCAUAGCGAAGCAAAAGGUGCAUGAAAAGCGUAGAAAUGCUGCAGCAACGAAGAGGAAACACAAACGCAUACAGCCCUCGGCAAGUAAUGAGCGAGUUGUUGCUGAAACUCAAGCUCCAGCACGGACGAGACAGGGGAAUCGGAGGCAAGUGGUCUUAACUCAAAUGAAAGCGCUUGAAAGUGUCGAGGACAAACUGCCAGAAGAAAAGAGCAAGAUAAAUGAUGGCAGGCGUACAACGACGCGUGAAAAAGGCAACGCCACUCUAGACAACAGCACCACCUCCCGAUCGGAUGACGAUACCGAACCAAAUUGCAAGAAAAGUAUCGAAAUAUUGAACGAUACGACAGCAGAAGAAGCGCUCCCGCAAGAGGAGAAGCUCGAAACGAAAAAAGAUCUCUACAAAUGUGUGCUGUGCGAUGUUCCGGCGUUCACCGGGCCGGACGCACUGACCGACCAUCUGAAGGCGGCGCAUCCGGACCAGAUACGGGCGUGCGAGCAAUGUCCGAAAGUGUUUGCAGCGCAGGCCGCCUUCGAGCAGCACCAGUACUGCCAUGCGACGGGCCGGUCACACUUUUGUCCGUUCUGCGACAGGGGCUUUCAAACGGCACUGCUGCUCAAGAGCCAUAUACGCACGCAUACGCAGCGGUCCGACUAUCUGUGCUCGCUGUGCGGCAAGGAGUUUAAUGUGAAGAACAACCUGCGCCAGCACAUGAUAAUGCAUUCGGGCGAGAGGCCGUGGGCGUGCCCGCUGUGCCCCUGUCGGUUUAGCACGAAAGGAGGACUAAAGAGCCAUCAGAAUACGCACACACGAAUUAAAGCAUUUAGCUGUGACACUUGUGGAUCACAGUUUAAUAAACAUUACUCGUUAAUCAAGCAUAAAUUGAUACACACAGGUGAACGGCCGUUUGGGUGUGAAAUUUGCAAAAUGAGAUUCACCAACAGCUACAUGGUAAAGCGGCACAUGCGGACCCACACGGGCGAAAAGCCCUACAAAUGUACGUACUGUGAGCGCAGCUUCGCACAGAGCAACGACAUGGUGAAGCACAUGAAAACGCACGUCGGCAGCAAUCCGUACCAGUGCGAUCGGUGCGAUGCCUCGUUCCGCCUCCUGGUGGACCUACGUAACCACUACAAGGAGCAUAAGCAGCCCGGUGAGCUAGGGGCUGGCUCAUCCACCGAGGAAGAUGCGAAAGGGAUGCGGUUUACCAGCCAGGACAUUCUGCAGCUAAGGUACAAGAAGGAAAUGAAUCAGCAGCAGUGAGGAAAAGUCGGAUUUUUGGAUUACCAUAAAUAGAUCUACAAACUUAACUGCCCCUUAUUUUAGAUAGUUUAAAAUGGUAAAUUAUAGGCGAGAACUUAACUGGUGGUUUUUAUCAUCUGGUACAUGAUAAAAUAAAGUAAUGUGG